AGAGAGUCGCUCGGCUCUCUCGCACAUUGUGUCUUUACCGGUUCGACGCUGUCGUGUUGUUUUCAGUCUCACUCUGUACCGUCAUGUCUGCUCAUUCUGCUGAAGAUCCGUUCCCUUUUCACGGGCUGCUUCCGAAAAAAGAGACUGGCGCUGCCUCGUUCCUCACUAAAUUCCCAGAGUACGAUGGCCGAGGGGUGCUUAUCGCGAUCCUCGACACCGGGGUGGACCCAGGGGCCCCGGGCAUGCAGACCACAACAGAUGGGAAACCCAAGAUUGUGGACAUCAUCGACACGACUGGGAGCGGCGAUGUGAACAUGUGCACUGUGGCGGAGGUGAAGGACGAGGUCGUGACCGGACUGACGGGACGCACACUCAAAAUUCCUGCUGCUUGGGUGAAUCCAUCUGGGAAGUAUCACAUUGGAAUAAAGAACGGUUAUGAUUUUUUCCCUAAAGCUCUCAAAGAGAGAAUACAGAAAGAGCGUAAGGAGAAGCUGUGGGAUCCAGCACAUAGAGCGGCUCUCGCUGAGGCCAGUCGCAGGAUCGAAGAGUUCGACCAGACUCACCCAAACCCAUCACAGAUGGAGAAACUACAGAAGGAGGAACUACAGUGUCACGUGGAGCUGUUAGGAAGCCUGGAGAAGAAGUACAGUGAUCCAGGGCCGGUUUAUGACUGUAUAUCUUGGCACGACGGUGUCACAUGGAGAGCUGUGGUGGACACUUCUGAGACUGGAGACCUGUCGUCCUGCUCUGUCCUGAGCCCAUAUCGAGAGAGACAGGAAUAUGCCACACUGGGAUACGCAGAGAUGCUCAAUUACUCCAUAAACAUCUAUGACGAGGGAAACACUCUGUGUAUUGUCACCAGUGGAGGAGCUCAUGGGACACACGUUGCUAGCAUUGCAGCGGGUCACUUCCCUGAUGAGCCCGAGCGAAAUGGUGUCGCUCCAGGGGCUCAGAUCCUGGCUGUGAAGAUCGGAGACACCCGCCUCAGCACCAUGGAGACAGGCACCGGCCUCAUACGAGCUAUGAUUGAAGUCAUAAACUAUAAGUGUGACCUUGUGAACUACAGUUACGGGGAGGCAACACACUGGCCGAACUCAGGGAGAAUCUGUGAGAUCAUCACAGAAGCUGUACAGAAGUAUAAUGUGUUGUUUGUCUCGAGCGCUGGGAAUAACGGCCCGUGUCUGUCCACUGUGGGCUGCCCCGGAGGAACCACCAGCAGUGUGAUCGGUGUUGGUGCUUACGUCACUCCUGAUAUGAUGGUGGCCGAAUACUCACUGAGAGAGAAGCUUCCUCCGAACCAGUACACAUGGUCAUCCCGCGGACCCAGUACGGACGGAGCUCUGGGCGUCAGCAUCAGCGCACCUGGAGGAGCCAUCGCCUCCGUACCCAACUGGACGCUACGUGGCACACAGCUGAUGAACGGCACCUCCAUGUCCUCUCCGAAUGCCUGCGGAGGGAUUGCUCUUGUGCUCUCAGGUCUGAAGCAGAACGACGUGCGGCCCACAGUGCCAGCGGUCCGCAGGGCUCUGGAGAACACUGCUCUGAAAGUGGACGAUAUAGAGGUGUUUGCACAGGGCCACGGCAUCAUCCAGGUGGAGCGGGCGUUCGACUACCUCAUGCAGCAUGCAUCGCUGCCUACCAGUAGCCUCGGCUUCACGGUGACCGUAGGAACACAGCGAGGCAUCUACCUCAGGCAGCCGACCCAGGUCACUGCACCAUCUGAUCAUGGGGUCGGCAUCGAGCCUGUGUUUCCUGAGAACACAGAGAACUCGGCCCGUAUCUUGCUGCAGCUGCAUCUGGCUCUCGUCUGCAACGCUGCCUGGGUUCACUGUCCAUCACACCUGGAGCUCAUGAAUCAGUGCCGCCACGUCAACAUCCGCAUUGACCCGCAGGGCCUGCGAGAGGGUCUGCACUACACUGAGGUGUGUGGAUACGACACGUCUGCUCUCAGCGCCGGGCCUCUCUUCAGAGUUCCUAUAACAGUCAUAAUCCCUGCGAAAGUAGCAGACAGUCGCAAUCAAGAGAUUACGUUCACAGACGUCCACUACAGACCAGGACAGAUCCGCCGCCAUUUCAUUACCGUCCCUCAAGGAGCAUCAUGGGCAGAAAUCUCAUUAACGUCUCACUCUGGAGAUGUGUCGUCAAAGUUUGUCCUGCAUGCAGUUCAUCUGGUGAAGCAGCGAGCGUAUCGAGCCAAUGAGUUUUAUAAGUUCUCAUCUCUGCUCGAGAAAGGCUCACUCACAGAGGCUUUUCCUGUGCUGCCAGGACGGACUUUGGAACUCUGCGUUGCUCGCUGGUGGGCGAGUCUCGGUGACGUCACCAUUGAUUAUGUUAUUUCCUUCCACGGGCUGGUGACAUCACCCUCUCCUCUUCAUAUUCAUGCCUCUGAAGGGAUUUCAAGUUUUGAGGUUUGUUCUCCGUUGAGAUAUGAAGAUGUUUCUCCAACAAUCACAAUGAAGAACUGGGUCCAGCCUCUCAGGCCUGUAAGUGCUAAAAUAAAACCCCUUGGUGCUAGAGAUGUGUUACCAAACAACAGACAGCUCUAUGAGAUCGUUCUCACGUAUAAUUUCCAUCAGCCUAAGAGUGGCGAGGUGACCCCCAGCUGUCCGCUGCUGUGUGAGUUAUUAUACGAGUCUGAGUUUGACAGUCAACUCUGGCUCCUGUUUGACCAGAACAAGAGACUCAUGGGCUCUGGAGACGCCUACCCACACCAGUACUCUCUGAAGCUGGAGAAGGGUGACUACACGGUGCGUCUGCAGGUGCGUCACGAGCAGCAGAGUGAGCUGGAACGCUUGAAGGACCUGCCGUUCAUCGUGUCUCACCGUCUGUCCAACACGCUUUCGCUGGACAUCUAUGAGACGCACCGCGCUGCCAUGCUGUCCAAGAAGAAGGCCAACUCCUUCACGUUGAGUCCCAGUGCGACACAGCCCUUCUACAUCACUGCCCUGCCCGACGACAAGAUACCUAAAGGUGCUGGUCCAGGCGGGUACAUCACUGGCUCUCUGGUUCUGCCCAAGAGUGAGUUCGGCAAAAAAGCAGGACAAGCAUCAGCCAAACGACAAGGAAAAUGUAAAAAGGAUAUGGUGCCAGUCUUUUACCACCUGGUUCCAGCUCCUAACAAAAACAAGAAUGGGAAAGAGAAGGAGAAGGAUGCAGAGAAGGAGAAAGACGUGAAGGACGAGUUCACUGAAGCACUGCGAGACCUGAAGAUCCAGUGGAUGACCAAGUUGGAUAACAGCUUGUUGUAUGAGGAGCUGAAGGAGGUGUUCUCCACACACCUGCCAUUGCACGUUCAGAGACUCCAUCAACUGGACUCAGAGAAGGAGCGUUUGAAGCGCCUGCCAGAGAUCGCUGCUGCAGCGGAUACAGUGCUGUCACACAUCGACCAGACGGCACUGGCGGUCUACCUCACCAUGAAGACGGACCCGCGGCCAGAUGCUGCCUCCAUUAAGAGUGACAUGGAGAAGCAGAAGGUGUCUCUGCUAGAUGCUCUCUGCAGGAAGGGCUGUGCUCUAGGGGAUCAGCUGAUGCAGCCAGCAGCACAAGAGGGCGCCAGCGCAGGUGAGGUGGGCAGCUCUGAUGACGAGCCGCAGAGCGUGGCCAAAGCAUUGACUGACACCUUCUGGGAGGUGCAGAAGUGGGCUGAGCUCACUGACUCUAAGGUUUUAACAUUUUCCUACAAGCAUGCGUUAGUAAACAAAAUGUACGCAAGAGCCUUGAAGUACGCUACUAAGAUUGUCGAGGAGAAACCCAGCAAAGACAACUGGAAGAACUGCAUACAGCUGAUGCGUUCUCUGGGCUGGAUGCACUGUGUCUCGUACACCGAGAACUGGCUGCCCAUCAUGUACCCGUCUGACUACACGCCCUUCUAAUGUCCUUUCGUGUGACACACACACACAGACACACACACACACACACACACACACACACACACACACACACACACACACAGACAGUUGUUUUAAUGCCUUCUGGAAACCAUCAAGAACCAAGCACCUCACAUCACAUGGUCCUUCAUGGACCCCAUAAUGCCUUCCUGUGUGGAUCACAGCACUGAACAAACAGUUCUCAUCCUACAGCUUGAAUCUUUAUCGGUGUAUUUCACUUGGAUUUUUCAUCCUACUCAAAUGACGCUUCAGUGUUCGUCUUCGCUUUAGGGAACUUGUAUAAAACCUGCAUUAUGUUGUUUGGAAUUUGAUUACUGGGCAUUUGCUUGGUGGACAUUUUUCCCCUCAACAACAAUAACGGUUUCGGUUAAACUUCAGAUGAACUGCUGAAUACAGAUAAUGUCAAGGCAAUAUGAUGGACAUCCAGUGGAGUUCUGUGGGUGAAACGUCCAGCUCUGUUUCACCAUAGAAUCAAAGGAAAAAUAUUUUUAAUUUUUGUUUUGUGAUUGACCCUUAUAUAUGUCAAAUGUAUGCAUGUUUUAUAAAGACACAAGGGUCAUGUUCAUGGCUUUCAAUAUUGUGCCGUUCUGAAGAAAGUCAUAGCUCGUUUGAUUGAAAGUCAUUCAAGUUUUUUUUUUAUUCUGAGCCUGGACUCAAAUGUAUUUCUGAAUUUGUUGUUUUGGUGUACAAGUGAAAAAGAGAUUGUAACUUUCUUUUAGAGUUUAAAUGUGUGCACUUCUCUUGUGUUCAUUAAGGGUUUAGACAUUGAAAGCGGGUCAUCUCUAUUUUCCUUUGUGAAGGGGGAUGUUUGAAAGUAAGAAACAAAACCAGCAAUUCAUGCCACAAUUUUUCACUAGUACACGGUGUAAAAGGAACCAUUACUUCCAGAAGAUACGUAAUUUCACACUAACUCAGAGGGCUUUUGCAUUGGCUUGGAAAUGCAUUUUUGGCAUGAUCUUCCCCCAGUUUCUUCAGUUUUCUAUCAUGUGUGUUUGUGUUGUUUGUUGAUGUUCAGGGCUCAGGUGUCUUGAAUGGCAGGUUCUUAAAAAAUGGCCUUAAAUAUUCACAAUCUUCAAACCCCAUCCACCUCUGCAUUUCUUCAGGAAAUAUCACAUUAUUCUGGAUCAAAAACCCUUGAAUAUCUUCAUAUAUAUAUAUAUUUAUGGAUGUCUUGUAUUUAUAAAGUAUAAAUGAAUACUAGGUAAUGCCAAUAUUUUAAAGUCAUUUUAUUUCACACAUAGAAUAGGUAGGUGUUAUUUUAUAUCCAUUACUCCUCGUGAGAUAUUUCAAAAGUAAUAGCCGGUUAUUUUGUUAAGUUAAUGUGCUGAACAAUGUAUUUGAUGAAGAUUCUGAAUAAAAUUAUCUGGAACUGA